GACCCGACCUACCCACUCUACCCAAUCUGUACAUUUAUAUGCUUCAUCCUCGUCUUGAUUCCCCUUCCAUGGCAUUUGCAGGCAUGGAACGUUGGAACUUGUGCAUACAUGAUCUGGACUGCCGCAGCUUGCCUCAACCAAUUCGUGAACACUGUCGUCUGGAGGAACAAUGCUAUCAACUGGGCUCCUGUAUGGUGUGAUAUCUCAUCACGCCUUAUAGUUGCUACUUCUGUUGCAAUUCCGGCUGCGUCCCUCACCAUUACGCGCCGUCUGUAUAAAAUUUCACGUGUGCAGACUGUUGUGUCUAGCCAAAAGGAGAAACGUCGAGAAAUGGCUAUUGACCUGGGACUUUGCGUUGGCCUGCCAGUCCUCGUCAUGAUUUUGUACUAUUUCGUGCAAGGCCAUCGGUUUGACAUCUUUGAGCAAAUUGGAUGCUUCCCAGUUGCUGUCAAUACAGCUCCGACAUACGUCUUGGUCUGGAUGUGGCCGUUGCUGUUGGGAGUGAUCUCGAUGGUUUACUGCACUCUUACAGUCUCAGCCUUCCUCAGACGCCGAAAGGAAAUGAGUCAAUUCCUCAACAGUAACGCGCAGAUCACGUUCUCCCGUUACUUCCGUCUUAUGGCUCUUGCGUUGAUGGAUACAGUGCUGACGGUACCGCUUGCUUCUUUUGCAAUCUGGUUGAAUGCAGUGCAGUCACCCAUUUCCCCCUGGAGGGGCCUUGCGGAUGUGCACUGGGGCUUCCAUCGUGUUGAACAAAUUCCCGCUAUUCAAUGGCGUUUGGAUCACUGGGUCGUACUCUCGUUCGCCUUUGACCAGUGGUUCAUCAUCCUGUGCGCUGUCACAUUCUUCGCGUUUUUCGGAUUCGCAGAGGAGAGCCGCAAAAAUUACGCGAAGAUCUACUGGACUAUCAUGCGAAGAUUUGGUUAUCAGCCAAAGCCGAAGGCA